UCCCUUCCUCCCCCACACAAGCAGUUCGCGCAUGCGUGAUGUUGGUGGUGAACCAUGAUUGGCAGCCUGUUAUUUUAUGCACUUUACCCUCUUUCGCGGUACCUAACCGCUGCUCGACGCUCAGAUACCUUACAGAAGGGUCUCCCUCCUGCAGAGGUUCAUGGCACAGCACAGUGGAACGGUGGUACUGUCACAACCAGGAGGUUCGCAGCACACUGUCAGUCAGCCGUACUGGAUCAGAAACUCGAUGCAACCAUUGCGGAUGUGGCAGAAACGAAAGAAAGGAUGAAAGACGGUAACAUUGAAAUGGAGCGAAGCAAAGAAGAACCACAGAGCGGCUCUGUGAAGAGCGACGCAGUAGAAGACAAACCAGAAGUUCUCGUAACGGAUGAUUUCGAUGAGUCUGGAAAUGGAAACAAGGAGGAUGCGACCUGUGUUCAAUCUGAGGACCUCGGCCCGGAACAAGCACUUGAGUUGCAGCUCAAANGUCUGCAGACAGAUGAGGCUACAGAGAAACAUAUCUGUUCAGGAUUAGCAAAAGUUCCAGCACAUGCUGUAGAGGAAACAGUAGUUCCAGCUGAAGACGGAACCCAAGAGACCAUUUGUCCAGUACAGAAAGAAGAAGAGUCGUCGUCGGUGAACGCAGCUGUGGAGGUGACGGAGUGUUGGGAUGAAUACUGGCUAACUUCUGAUAGUGACAAGGAGCAGGUUGGCGCUAACAGUUCUAGGCUAGUAUUUCCCGCUUUAAGUUCUAGCGACCAGAAUCACACCACAAUCAGCGAGCAACACAAUACACAAACGAGCUGGCACUUCCCUGCAGGACUAGGGUUGGCAGAGGAAGUCGAGUGCCCGCUGUGGCAAUUUCCUGUGGCGAGUUACUACCCUUCCAUGGAGUCCAUAGAACCAUUUGAAGUCAUGUGGAGAGUAUGGCAGAGAGCACCAGUGGAGGAGCCGGACCUGGUACCCUUUCCGUUCUCCAAGACGUCGAUGGAAUUCACUGUCAUGUCCUACAACAUCCUGGCUCAGGAUUUGCUGGAGACCCACGAAGAUCUGUACAUGCACUGUCCUCUGGAGGUGCUGGACUGGAACUACCGCUGCAAAGUGCUGCUGGACGAAAUAGUGAAAUGGAACCCAGAUAUUCUUUGUCUCCAAGAAGUUCAGGAAAACCACUACCAUGAACAACUGUAUCCAGUCCUGAGCCAGAUUGGUUAUACCUGCGUGUACAAGUGUCGCACCGGAGCCAAGACAGACGGCUGCGCCACCUGCUACAGAAGCUGCUGCUUCUCUGAAGUGUCCGUCUCACUUCUGGAGUUCUUCAGGCCUGACAUAGAGAUGCUCAAUCGACACAACGUAGGAAUAGUGCUGCUACUUCGUCCGUUGGUCGCCCAGGCGUCCGAAAGCAAGACCGCAAGCCCACUUCUCUGCGUGGGCAACACCCACCUGCUCUUCAACCCUAGGAGAGGCGACGUGAAGCUGGCUCAGGUAGCCAUGAUGUUGGCCGAGAUCGACAGUGUAGUCACGUCGGCUAAGGCUAAGGGUGAACACUGUAACGUUGUUCUGUGUGGAGACUUUAACUCAGUGCCACACAUGCCUCUGUACCAGCUCAUCACCACGGGAAACCUGUACUACCAGCACCUGCCAGCGUGGAUGAUAUCUGGUCAAGAGGACAUGUCCUAUAAAACCUAUUGCCACAGAUUGGCUGCUCCCCUGUGGCCCAGCUCCCUGGGCAUCACUGACAAAUGUCAGUACUCUACGGUCAAGAAUGUAUUUGAGAAUCAAAAUCCAAAGUCAGGUAAAAGGCAGUACAGUCACGACUUCAUGCAGCAGCUGCGUUUUUGUCCUGCUGCAUGUGUUCGCCCAGUGGAUCUUCAGCUGAUCCCAGGUGUGACCGACAACACACCAGAUGUUUCCUGGGGAAAUCCACCUCUUCAUACAAGUUUCAGGCACACACUCACUCAUCCCUUAGACCUGGAGUCGGUCUAUAAACACGUUCUUCCGGGAUCUGGCUGCCCAGAAGUUACAACACUGCACUCUGAAGUAGGAGCCACAGUGGACUACAUCUUCUACCAACCCCUCCUCCCCCCCGGCUCAAAAAGUUAUGAUUGA